ACUCUUGUUCACCAUCCACCAUGUCGAUCACAGUCCUUUGCUCGUCGUUCCCUCCGUUCCCGACGCUUUCUCUUUCUGUUCCAAAAGACACCCCAGUCGGAGAUCUGUAUGGCCUUCUACAUGAUCGCUACCCAGACCUUCCUUGCUUCGAUGAGCUUGCAUUCUCGCCUCACUCUGGUCUCAUUCCAUGCCCAGAAACUUCCUUGUCGGCCCUCCAUGCUCCAGAUGCGGACCUGUCUUCUUUUAUUUCCUUAAGAUUAAUACCGCGUUUAAGGGGUGGAAAAGGUGGAUUUGGUUCUCAACUACUGGGCGGCUGGGGGUCGCAUGAGCAGUCAGAAAACAAGCAAUAAUGAUUCUUGUAGAGACUUGAGCGUGACGUAGGUUGAGCACUAUCAAAGUAGCUAAAAAACUUGCAGAGUACGUCGAAAAUGAACCCGCUCGUAGAGAGCUGCCACAUAAGCGCAGAAAACGAAACUGGAGCCCUGGAGAGAAACUGGGUAAUACGACUUCACAGCAAACCGUAGUUCUUCCAAAA